GUUAACAUCAAACUGAAAAUCCCAUAUAUUAAAUCUCAAUCGCCAAUCAUUCAGAAGCAAAAUCUCUGAGAUUCUCCCCAAAAUAAGUGUUCUUUUUGUUGGUGGAUGAGACGAGACCCUCGUUUCAGAAAAUUGACAACUAUUGCUUGUUUUUCGCCAUUCUUGCCGCCAUUCUAACAACCAACCCCUGGGGUCUGUAGCAAGUUAGUUCAUGGUUGUGACGGUGUUCGGAUCAGCUCCACACGCAUGAGUCGAUAUAUAACCAGUGGGAUGAACCGAGUCAGUCCAGAACAAACCACGAUACGACAACAAGCCAACAUUAUGGCAAGCAGUGAAACUAUAAUACUGACAAACGAAAAUACCUAUGAAAUGACACGGCCUCUUAGACCGAGAGCAACGCUAGAAUCUAUCAAAGAAGACGAUGACAAACUUCAUCAAACGCACAUCCCUGAUUUAUUUAUUAUACCAAACCAGGAGAAGAGGACGUCUUCUUCUCCAGUGAGUAGUGAUUGUAGAUGGAAUCUACCUGACGACGACUGCAGUGAUUCAUACCAAGAGAAACUCACCCUGAACAAGAAACUAUGCCUAUUGAUUGGAAUGGUUUGCAUAGUAUCUAUUGGUGCGUUUAUUUUGACUAUUCUCAUGCUAUUUGGAUUUGUGGGUGGAGUGGCAUCAAGACAAUGCUCUUGUUCGACUAAUCAAGGUGCAGCGCAGACCGAAUUUCAACGACGUGUCCAAGAAAUGAACAAAAUGGAUAAAAAUGUCUCACAUUUGACGACUAUGAUGGAAAUUCAAAAUAACGACGUUCAAAAGAUAUGGUCUCUCCUUAACAAGACGAUGGAAGAACUCCAUAAAGUGACAACAGAGCACGUACCGACUGCUCCAAGUAGAAUGACAGAAAUAACUGUUACGCCCAGUGACACUCCCUUGGUGGAUCCAAGGGAAUCUGAAUUAUCACGCUUACGUACAUUAUAUAACGACACUCUUGACGAGCUGAAUCAACUAAAACUCAAGAUCAACAAUAUCACCCUUGUUCCUGGUCCGACAGGACCUCGUGGAAUGAAUGGAUCACGAGGGUCACCAGGUCCUCAGGGUCCCAUUGGAUUACGUGGUCACAAUGGAACCAUUGGCCCACCUGGAAUGCCUGGAAAUACUGGAUCAAAGGGUCCAAUUGGACCAAAAGGACUGAACGGUACUCGUGGUCCAAAAGGACCCCAGGGACCUCAAGGAAUAAAGGGUACUAGAGGUCUUCAAGGAGCAAGGGGACCUCCUGGUCCUCGAGGGCACAAUGGCACCACUGGUCUUAUUGGGCCACCUGGAAGUGUUGGACCUACAGGGCUACAGGGACCACAAGGUCUUCAAGGUUCACCCGGAGCCAAAGGACCACCAGGACUUCGUGGAAAAACGGGCGCCGGCAACUUUAGUUUAUGUGCAUACAAAAUGAAGAUUAGCUCAGGUGGUAAUCGUGGAACUAAAUCCAACGUCUUUCUUGAUGAACCCACAAAUAGUCGCGUGUUGGGAACUGUUUGCUCAAGUAACAUUGCCAAAGAGUAUAUUCUCGUGGUGAGGACUCGCCCAUCCGGCCAGCUGAAUUUUUCAUGUCAAUGUGCAGGGGAGUCAGAUUAUUUUGGAACAGACAAAAGCAAAAACCCCAAAAUAUAUUGCUAUAUUCAUUAUUGGGAAUGUCCGCUGACUAGUUAUAGAAGUAUGUCAAGAGCAUUUGAAAGGUAUGAUAACAUAGGAUCUUAUUUCUUAAUUGAAAAUCCAGAUACAGCUAACAAGGAAACCAAAGAUGUCAAAAAGGUUGUCACAGCAUUGCAGAAUUCAGCGAUAAGACACAAAAUGGCGUCUAGAACCAAGAAGAUCCAAGUCAAACCCAAAUCAAACCCUGUCAACCCUCCUGGAAUUGUCACUGAUUUUGAAAAUCCUCUUCAUUCCUAUGAUUCAGCAUUGUCUUUGAGUGAGAUCAGUCCAACACAAACUGAUAAUGGAAGACUUUUACAGAAUACAGAGAAAACAAAUUCCUCUCUAAGCAAUGGUUUAAAGGAAUUCCCUUCCGAGAAAUUGUUGCGCUCCAAACAAGAGAAAAGAUGUUGUGUUCACUUUAAUACAGCAUUACUGUACUUAGUAACAGUGAUUUUACUUGGAACUCUUACACUUGUCAUUCUCAUCGUCAUGGGAAUGCUUGAUACUUGUGCAUGUUCGUCAAAAGCUGAUCAGACUAUGGCAGAGAAAGAUAAAAAGUUGAAGGAAUUGUGGUCCUCUCUGAACGAAACACAAAGACAGUUAGCAAAGAUUACUGCAUUGUUGGAAAAGUCAAGUUUAAAUGCUUCUUAUCGCCGGCCGGGUUCACCAGGACUGCCUGGACCGCCUGGACCCCAUGGUCCUUCUGGGCGAAAUGGUUCUCAUGGUCUUCCUGGUUCACAGGGCCUMCGCGGUCCCCCUGGUAAGCAAGGCAGUGGAAAUAUGACUUUAUGUUUAUAUAAAAAGAAAAAGAGUAAAKGAUCAAAGACAGGGAACCAUGCAGAUACCGAUGUUUCAGUUACACAAGAUGUGGACAAGAAAAUCCUUGGUGUUGCAUGUUCAACUGAUGGAGCCAGCCAAUAUAUUCUGACAGCAUCAAUUCUAGGUCCCUACUUGACUUACAAAUGUCACUGCAAAGGACAAUCAACCUUAUUUACACCCGCUGGUGAUAUGUACUGUUACAUCCAUUACUGGGAAUGUCCGCUGAUCUCAUAGACUGCUGUCGAACUUGAAAAGAGUGUCUGAAAAUCAAUCCGCGUGAACCUCCGCUUUUUAGUUGCAUGUAUUGAUGCAAACACAAUUUGGAAUAUUCACAGAUCUAUAGACGCUGUGAUAGCGCUGUUCGCUUAGAAUGUCCAUUACUAAGCAAGAUUCUACUGUCUGUCAAUCAGGAAUAUUCCCACUCGUUGCUUUGCAAGUGGCCUGUCACAUCCAUUAUUGGAAGUGCCCAUAUAGGUCUCAUAGAUGGCUUAGUGAUGUCUAAGAACCGUCAUCGGUAUCAAAGGGAGUGAGGUCUGCAGUCAAUCAAACUUUGAAUUGUACUAACAUCAUUAUGUUUUGCUUAUAAAUUCAUUACUUGGAGUGUUCACUCCUGCCCUAUUAACAAUCAAGUACCAAUACAAGAGCUGUCAAUCAAUAACAGCCAAUACAAAGAGACCUUUUUGGACGCCUCAAAGCACAAUGUAUAUAAAAUCGUUCAUUUUUAGCCUCAAGUGUGAUGAAUGAGGCAGCUAGAAUUUAUGCAUUAGAAGUGUUUCACUUUGACCAUUUUACCUGCAAAUGAGGCUUGACCAUUAACAAAAACAUAUUUUAAUGCACAGCUGUAUGGAUAGCCUUGAAAACACAUAAUUUAUCGCGCAGGUUGUGGGCACUUUGCUGAACGUCAUUUUGCUCGUUUAUAACAAAUUUUCUUCACUUCGAUGUUCUAUAGUUGCAUUGUAAUAAGCUCAUAAAUACUGAUAGAAUUAUCUUGAAAAUACACUUGACCAUGCUUGCCAUAAAGUGAUGUUUUCACGUAAUAGCUCAAUAUUUUUGAGUACAUUAAGUAAUUAUUUCAUACUAAGUCUAGUCAGCGUGUUCUUUCUAUGUACUAUGUCACCGCAGUCAUAAAAGGUGGAAAAGAACUUAAUAACGUUAAGCGAUAUUUUGGUCCAAGGCUUUUUUUAUUUUGCCGAAGUAUGGCCUAGUGAUUGGUUGCGUGACAGUUGAGGUGAUAUUGAAAACUCUACGGACUAAAAACACGCUAUCUUAUUCAAGCUUUAAUCAGCUUCAUUUGAUGUUUAAUUCAACAAGAAUGUACCUCUAUGCACCCUUUAACUUAUACUGAUUAAGUUAUACCGCGAUCUUCGCAUCAACUGAAUGCUACCCCCCCCCCUCCCCCUACCUUUUUGUUGUUGUUGUUGAUGUUCACUUUAGGACCUAAUGAUGAUUUUCGUCAUGCAAAGAUGGACUAAUGAAAGAAUGAUGCUUGAUCUGAAAACCUGCUGACUAAAAUGAUCUAAAGUACUAUACAAGUAGAUUUUAUCUGUUUCAUAUAGUAAAACACUAGAAAUAUUUGUAAAAACGCAUCAGCGUGAACGCGGUUUUUUAACUGACAUAUAUGUUAUUUUUUUAAUUCAAUUCAUUAAUGUUCAACAUUCCUAAUACCACUAUCCUUCAAAGUUUACGCUGCGGAAUUGAACUCCAAAAUUAUUAAAAAGCUUCAAUAAAAUGUUUCAGUUAUUAAAAGGCGGCCUAAAUUAUAGUUUUAACAAAAUAUUAAUUCAUUCUUGUGCACUUAUCGUUGAUUAUGACCAUCUUUUAAGACUAUUUAUCUUUAUUCGUGUCUACUUGUUUUUAUCGUCCAAUAUGACCAUCUUAAAU